UAACCGCUGCGCUCAAAAGUGAAGUACAAUAACGAGUUGGACAAUCUGCUUCUAGUUUCGAUCACAAAACUGUCCUAAUUUGAGGCUUGUGUUAUUUCUGUUUGUUGUCGAUUGCUUUUAUUUAUAAAAUAUUCUCCCAUACGUUGCCCUUCACACUUUCCAAGAACACAACAUAAACCUGAAAGUCACAAUUAUGGACACUGAUUUUAGUAGUGGAAGUGGAGAACUACGAGGACCAGAAACUUCAUAUUUGAUUGAAUGUGUUGGAUCAGUUUUACGGCAGUAUAUAGCUGAAGUCCUAAUUAAACGGCCUGUGGAUCCAAUCGAUUAUUUGGGUCGCUGUUUAAAAAAUUAUAUAAGAAUAAGAGAUAUUGAAAUAAAAGAAUCUAUGGAAAACAAUGAAAUAAUCAAUUUGAGUCAAUUAGAAGAAAACAAAACUUCAUUAGAAACUAAAAAUGAGGAAGAAACUUCAAAUCUCACUACAGAAUCGAAGAAUAAUGAACAUCACUCAGAUGACAAAAUGAUUAAUAACGAUAUAGAUAUGAAUAACAUUAAUGAAAUUGAAGCUAAUAAUAAUAAUAAUAAUAAUAAUAAUAAUAAUAAUAAUAAUAAUAAUAAUAAUAAUAAUAUAGAGGUUCAGGAUAGAAAUCAAUUGCAAAGUGAUUCAGAGAAUUAUGUCAAAGAAUCAAUAAACCAAGGAGAAGUAGAUGAUGAUGAUGACGGUGAACGAAGUACAUUAAAAUUUGAUAAUGAAACUGAUGAUGAAAUCACUUUUGAAUCACAAAGUAAACAAGAUAUUAAUGAAACACCAUUAGAAGAUAUUACUGAUCGUGAUCAUGAUGAUGAUGAUGAUCAAACAGAAGAAGUAACUGAUUCUGAAUUACAAUAAACUGUUACAUUAUGUAUUACUAUUUCAUUAAUCAUUUAUUUCAUGUAUGAAUGGGUCUGAGUAAGUGAAUGGAUGAGUGAUUGAUUGAUCAAUGGAUUGAGUGCUUAUUAUAGAAACAAGUUCGAGUGUAGUAAGCACAUCAUCAUCUUUGAUCAAGUUAAUAUAUUCCAAUAUUUCCCUAGAACGUUUUCAUUUAUUUACAGUAUAGAAAAUCUGUAUUUAAACUUAACUUAUACUAUUAGGUAACUAAUUUUAAUAAUAUAAAGAUGAUAUUCUA